GGGGCGGGGCUACGAGUUACAACAUGCACCGUGGGGACGGGCAUGGGGUGCCCGGCUCAUGCCCCAGGGGGAGGGAUGGACUUGGGGGGCCUGGCCCUUGGAGGGCGCAGGAGUCGGGGGCCCGGCCCGCGGCGGGCGAGAGGGUUGGGGGGCCUGGCCCUUGGAGGGCGCAGGAGGAGGAGGGAGGGAGGGAGUCGGGGGGCCCGGCCCGCGGCGGGCGAGAGGGAGGGAGGGAGGGAGUCGGGGGCCCGGCCCGCGGCGGGCGAGAGGGAGGGAGGGAGGGAGUCGGGGGGCCCGGCCUGCGGGAGUGGGGGGAGUCGAGGGGCCCGGGGAGGGAUGGAGUCGGGGUGUCCGGCAGGGCGUGGAGGGGCGGCGACGGGCGCGGUGUUCGGCUGCCCGGCGCUGGGGAGCCGGGGACUGCGGGGCGGGGCUCGGGCGCCCGGGCUGGGCAGCAGCGACCCCCAAAGGCCACGGGAGGCCAGUUACACGGUUCCCCCGAGCUUACUCGCGCGGCCCGGCCCGGAAGCGACUCGCCUCGUAGUUCCCGGCGAAGGCGGUUCUCCCUCUCCUGCCCAGCUCACCUCCGACCGGGAAACUGCGUCUCCCGUCAGGCCCCGCGGCGAGGGAACUCUCGCGAUAUCGCUCGAGCCCCGUCUUCACCGCAGGGCCGGAAGUGGGAGAGGGAGGGGCAAGAUGGCGGCGCUGCGGGGGAGGCUGUCGGGGCUGGGUCUCUUUCUGCUGCUCCUGGUCUGCAGGAGGAGCUGGGCGGCCGCGGGCUCCUCCGAGGCCUUUGACUCGGCGCUGGGGAGUACGGCGUCGUGCCACCGGGCCUGUCAGCUGACGUACCCCCUGCAUACCUACCCCAAGGAAGAGGAACUGUAUGCAUGUCAGCGAGGCUGCAGACUGUUUUCUAUUUGUCAGUUUGUGGAUGAUGGAAUUGACUUGAAUCGGACCAAACUGGAAUGUGACUCUGCCUGUACUGAAGCAUAUUCCCAGUCCGAUGAACAGUAUGCUUGCCAUCUUGGGUGCCAGAAUCAGCAGCCAUUUGCUGCACUGAGACAAGAGCAAUUAAUGUCCCUGAUGCCAAGGAUUCAUCUCCUUUUCCCUCUGACACUGGUGAGAUCAUUCUGGAGUGACAUGAUGGACUCAGCACAGAGCUUCAUAACUUCCUCAUGGACCUUCUACCUUCAAGCAGAUGAUGGCAAAAUAGUUAUAUUCCAGUCAAAGCCAGAAGUUCAAUACAUUCCACAGGACACCACAGAUCUGAAAGAAUCGUUGUUGAGCGAAACAUCCUCAGACCUACAGCCAGGAGGUUCACAGACACACAGAGGAUUUUUUGAAGAGGAGGAAAGCAAGAGCUUUUUCAAAUGUCUUUCUAUAAACUCUGGCUGGAUUUUAACGACUACACUUGUUCUCUCCGUACUGGUGCUACUCUGGAUUUGUUGUGCUACUGUUGCUACAGCGGUACAGCAGUAUGUUCCAUCUGAGAAGUUGAGCAUCUAUGGAGACUUGGAAUACACGAAUGAACAAAAACUGACCAGAUACCCAGCUUCUGCCCUUGUUGUUGUUCGAUGCAAGACUGAUGAACAGGAAGAAGCAGGACCUCUACCCACAAAAGUUAAUCUGGCUCAUUCAGCAAUUUAAAUAGUUUAAAAGAAUUUAAUAGACUAAUUCUAGCAGUUCUAUCAACUCCUGGUGGUUUUUUAUGGUUUCUUCAGAUGCGGGGCAUAGCGGUCAGUGUUUAAAUGCAAAUAAAGUUACAGAAUCAACAAAUCAGUCUGUUAUGGAAUCCUUGUUUUCUUCUAGUAGUGAAGAGAAUGGCAUGUUUAAUUUGCAGGGUUUUUUGUUUUGUUUUUUUCAAAUAUAUGUAAUUGCUUUCA